AUGUUUCGACAGGAGGAGACCGAGGAUAUUUCAAGGUUCGGAGCUCGAAAUCCGCAUCAGCGACUCAUCGCCGACAAUCUUAGGGUUCAGAGGUUCUCCGAUGCAGGAUUGAGCGAGGAAGCAAUCAACUCCAUCAACCACAGGGACCUAGCAGAAGACGAUCCUAAUCUUCUGGACAAGUUUGACGAAUUCUACAAGACCACCAAGAGUCUGCUGGUGCUCUUUCAGAUCAUGGGAGUGAUGCCCAUUGAGAGAUCGGGAAAAGGAAAGACUACAUUCAGAUGGUUUUCCAAGACGACGAUCUACGCGUAUUUCAUCUACUGCGUGGAAACGGCCUUCGUAAGCGUCGUCUUCAGAGAACGUCUUCUGCUAAUCCUGAAGCCGGGAAAACGCUUCGACGAAUACAUUUACGGCAUCAUCUUCUUGAGCAUCUUAAUACCGCAUUUCUUGCUUCCAAUCGGCGCCUGGACUAACGGAAAUGAAGUGGCCAUCUUCAAGAACAUGUGGACCAAAUUUCAGUUAAAAUAUUACCGCAUUACCGGUACGGCUAUCAUCUUUAAAAACUUGUCGCUUAUCACAUGGAGCCUCUGCAUUUUCUCUUGGGUCCUGGGAAUUCUCAUCAUGCUCGCACAAUUUUACCUACAACCCGAUAUGCUGUUAUGGCAUACUUUUGGUUAUUACCAUAUUUUGGCAAUGCUGAAUUGCCUUUGCUCUCUCUGGUUCAUCAAUUGCACAGCAAAAGGACGAGUCGCAAAGGAUCUAGCUAAAAAUUUGCACAGUGCCCUCGAAUCUUCGGAUCCUGCUAGUCGCUUGGCCGAAUACAGAGAUUUAUGGGUGGAUCUAUCACACAUGAUGCAACAGUUAGGAAAAGCUUACAGCGGAAUGUACGGUAUGUACUGCAUCCUGAUCCUGCUGACUACAAUCGUCGCUAGUUACGGUUGUCUCACCGAGAUCCUCGAUCACGGAUUAUCGUUCAAGGAAGGAGGACUCUUCCUCAUCUCAUUUUACUGCAUGUCCUUGCUGUACGUCAUCUGCAACGAGGCGCAUCACGCCUCCUACAAGAUGGGCCCCGAGUUCCAGCAACGACUUCUCAGCGUCAAUCUGAUGGCGGUGGACAGCAGGACGAGACAAGAGGUUCAUAUGUUCCUCACGGCCAUCGACAAGAAUCCGCCAAUCAUGAACCUCAACGGAUACACUAACAUCAACAGGAAACUCAUCUCAUCAACCGUUACUUCGAUGGUGACCUAUCUGGUGAUGUUGAUGCAGUUCCGAGCCACCCUUAUGAGGAACGCCGCUAUCAGCGCUUUCAGAGCUUCAAGAGCUUUGGCAAUGCUAAACGAAACGUCCACAAUUGAGUAAAAAAAAAACACCCUCUACACCAGAGUACGUUGGCAUUCACGUAACCUUUACCGCAAUUUCUUUGUAGUCUAUUCUUCUCGAUAAAGUUUUUAUUAUUACACUUUGACAUUUUUCAGCACGGAAAAGGACGCAGAC